AUGCUUCAUUCAGAAUACAAGUAUAUUGAAAUUAGUAAGCUUGUCUGGGAGAUUUGGACUAAUGUUGUAAAGACUACAUGUAAACAAACCAGUGAUGACCAACUUAAAAAAGAAAUUAAAGAUUAUUUAAACAAUUUCAAAUCAAAAAAUGACAAUAAUGAUAACCAGGAGGAUCUAUUUUUAGAAAUUUUAUUGACAGUACUUACGGGUCUUACUCAACUUGAUAAUGAUACCGGCCUUAGUGCUCUUAACACCUUCUUAGAAGAUAAAUCUUAUAUAGAGGGAUAUGAACCAUCUCAAGCAGACGCAUCCGUUUAUGAAGCUUUAAAGAGCAAAACACCAAAUUCAAAAACAUAUCCACAUGCAGCACGUUGGUAUAAACAUGUCAGUUCAUAUUCUAGUUCAUUUAAUUCUCUUCCCGCUGAACGUCAAAAGGCUGCUAAUCUUGCCGAAUAUCAACGCAAGAAGGCUAACAAACCUAAACCAGCAGCCAAAAGUAUGGUUAUUCUGGAUGUUAAACCUUGGGAUGAUACUACUGAUAUGGCGGAAUUGGAGAAAUCUGUCAGAUCUGUUUCUUUGGAUGGUUUGGUUUGGGGUACUUCUAAACUUGUUGCCGUUGGUUAUGGUAUUAAAAAAUUACAAAUCACAUGUGUUGUUGAAGAUGAGAAAGUCAGUGUUGAUGAUAUGGAAGAAAAGAUUACUGCUUUUGAAGAUUAUGUUCAAAGUGUUGAUGUGGCAGCGUUCAAUAAAUUGUAA